CUAGUAUACUAGUUCUGUAAUCUGUGUAUUAACCUAAAAUUAAUUAGAAAAAUUUUUGAAAAAUAUUUUUCCAUUUUCUAAAAAUGAUCAGGAUAUUGUCUAGACUAUGUAAUUCAGGAGUAGCCAGAAAUAUUUCGGGUUUAAGAAAAUUCAGCAAUGAUCUUUAUGAACCAGAUUAUUUGAAGGAAUUGCAACCAAAAUUUCCUAUUUAUGAAACUUUCAAUAUUCAAUUGAAGGGUUAUGACUAUCCCAUUUUGGAAAAUUAUCAAAGAUUUGUUCACAAAAUAGCUGAUAAUAUGGACAUUGAUGUAGAAGAUGCAUGGGCGAUACCUGCACAAACUCUACAAAUUUCUACAUAUAAACCCCAAAGUGAAGUAGUUAAUAGUCAAUAUAAAUUGAAUCUUUACGAGAGAAUGAUAAAGAUAAGAGACUGUACAUCGCUUCAGUUGCCCAUAUUGAUUCGAGCUAUAGAAGCUUCUGCACCAAUGGGUGUAACAGUGAAUAUUAUACCUCAUGAGCCAUAUCAUGAUGAGAUAAGAUAUAUUCCAGACACAGAACUGAGACAACUUAAACAAGAACUGGAUGAUCUAGGUGGACCAGUUAAGAAGAAAUGAAGACGAAAUGUAUUCAGAAUAUGUUGUUAAUAAAUGCAAUCAAUUUCU